AAGGCCAAGCGAGCAGGGCCACCGCACGAAGAAGAGUGCUUUAGUGCUCACUUCUCUCACACACUUCACACCUCUACUCAACUGCUCUCUCUCUUCGAUCCAUUUAUUUUCUAUUCCAAAAAUUUUCGCAUCAACAUUCCCGGGAAAAUCAGCUGCGAUUUCACUUCAAAUUCCUCUCUCUGUGCUCACAAAUGGACACUAUCGACUUCGACAACGUGAAGGCCGAGAAGGCAAAGGCUAUGCGAAGGUACAAUCGCCUCCGAACCAUUGCGAAAUUGUUCCGCCUCAUCGAGAUUUGCUUGGCUCUUGUUCUUCUCUCCUGGAUUUCAGCUCGACUACCUUUCGCCGUCAAAAUCUCCGGCGAAUACUUCCGGCAACUGAUCUCCAUCAUCGUCAGCCCUUUCGUCAUCUUCUUAAUCAGCAACGCCAUCGUCAUCACUCUCCUCGCCAAGUCCGGCCAAUCUCCGGCUAUCAACAAUGCCGAAACCGAUCUCUACCGCAAAUUCAUCAACUACGGAUCGGAAAAUUGUCCUCUGGUGCCGGAACCGGAGAAGAUCGUGUACCACGACAAACCGAUCGUCUCUGAAGUGAACACUCUCUCCCCGAAGAGCAACGAAGUCGCUGUUGUUGCCGUUCCGGUUCCUGAUGUUAAAACUUUUAAGAGGAGUGUGUCGGAGAAGAUGAAGAGAGAGAAUUUGGAGAAUAAUUGCGGGAAGCUCCGACGAUCGGAAACAGAGAAAUGCAGGAAAAUUGGGGAUUCCGGUGAGGUUCUGGCGGAGUCGGUGUAUUUGUUUGAUAAAUUGAGCAAUGAGGAAUUCCAGCGCACAAUAGACGAGUUCAUUGCUAAGCAAGUCAAGUUUCAUCAUGAGGAAAAGUUUGAUAUUGUUACCUGCUGCUGAGAAAUUAAGAGAGAGAAUGAGAGUAAAAAACCUGAUUUUCUAUUUUCUUGAAUUACUGGUGUUAAUGCCUAUGUACAUACGGUACUAAAUUCUCUAGUAAAUAUAUAUACUAUCAAAAAAAAGUUUUACAAUAGACUUCUUUGUGUACA